AAGUACAACUUAGCGUAAAACAAGGAGUCAAAGAUACUCAACCUUACAAAAUUUAAUUUCUUGGUAGUAAUAAGUUAUGCGAAGAGUUUAGCUGUACAAAAAGACAGGCACACAUACACAUUAACUUCAAUCUUAAAUAGUAAUAUCACUGAUUAUAUUAAAGCUGAUCAGCUUUUUUAAGCUUUAAUCUUUUAAACUAUUUCUACAACUUAUUUUCUCAUCAACGACCCAUACUUGUACAGUAUAAAACUAAAUCCUGAUUCACACUCCUUACCAAUUGGUGGCGAUAACUCGCCAUUCUGUUGUUUGCCAAAAGCCAAUAAAACACACAAAGAAGAAGAAACGGCCAGCUUUUUGCUUCUGUCGAGUCCAGACGCUCCCUUCAGCGCAGUGCAUUGUGGGUAUGGAAUUCCCUAGGCCGAAGGAAGCCAGUGCGCAGGUCCGAAGGAAACUCCAUGAUUUUUUUGGCACGAAAUCCUGCAGAAAAUAGGAACUUGAAACGGGGAUUAAUGGAAACGGGGAAUUACUUAAAGCGCAGUGAAUUUUUAACUCUGUUUUCGCGUACUUAAGAAGCUUAUUGUGGUUUUGACGCUUUGAAUGAGACAAUCGGCUCGUCCUCGCGCGACUGAGAUCCGCUCGAAAUUUCAGCUGAUUUCUGGCGACAAUGCAUCGGGCGCAAUAAAACCCCGCUAGCGUUAUUGCUCUUUGUUUUUAGGCAGGACGGACGGAUGGCGCAGACGGAGAAGAGGUAGGAAAGUGCCUGGGAAACAGUUUAGUGCCAUCCUCAGUGUUCACUGAAGCAGCAGUCGGAGCUAAAGGCGGUCCGGAGGCUCCGCUAUCUCUCUGCUCUGCCUCAGCGCGGCUAACAAGCAGCAAAACUUCGUAAACACAGGAGGAGAUUGUGACAGAGGGCUUUCCAAACCCGAGAGUCCACCAGGAUAAAGAGAAGAGAGGACUGCCUGUUUCGGCAAGGUUUGAGUGCAGUUGUGUUGAGCGCUGGCGACACUACCAAGGAUGUUUUCAGUGGGGUGGAUUUCAUGGAUGGUGCUGAUCCUGGCUAAAUAAAGAUGAAAAGGAGCUGGAUGCAUGUGAGCCAAAAAUGACUGGGGGCAGUGAGAAGGCAGCAGGAAAAAAAGAUGGUGGUCCGACACUCACCGCUCAGGUCCCUGUUGGUUGGCAGAGAAAGGUGGAGGAUGGGGCUGUGGCUUACAUUAGCCCAAGUGGUACAGUUCUGUGUUCAGUGGAAGAGGUGAGGGUGUAUCUGUUGACAGAUGGCACAUGUAAGUGUGGACUAGAAUGCCCACUUGUCCUUCAUAAGGUUUUCAACUUCGACUCUGCUGCAGGGGUUCCUGCUCAGAGUCAUCAGUCAGGGAAGGUGGAAGAAGAUAUGACCAAACUGUGCAACCAUCGCAGGAAAGUGGUCGCCAUGGCUGCCCUGUGUCGGAGUAUGCAGGCUUCCCAAUUACCAUUACCAGCUCAUGGCUCAGGGAGCAGUGCGUGCUUGGUGGAUGGGAAGGAUAAGAGAGGGUCUAUAGGGGCCCGAGGAGAUGUAACCCACCGCACUUACACAACUCAGCUGACGCUAAACCAGGCCAGACCCAGCAGCAGUGGCAGCUUUCCCGUACCAUCGCCUCUCGCUCUUCAGAAUGGAUCUGUAUCUCACACCAACUCCAUACUGACGCCUGAUCCGAGCUCGCCCUUAAAGAAGACUUCUGCCCAGUCCCCAGGGCCCAGCAUAGCUGUUUAUGGGAAACAGCAGUGGAGCCCUCACCCUGCCCUUAGCCAAUCCAGCCUCCAAAGAGCACCAUCCAAGCCAGUCUCUCCCAGCACUACAAAAUUAGACACGACCCACACGUACCAGACAGACUCUUCCAUUCUCGUGACAUUUUCUUCACCAACAACUUCUUCAUCUUCGCCUGUGAUUGCCAGGGCAGGACAGUCUCAUGUACAGGGAACGGUUGUGAAAUCAUCAUCUCCUCUUUCUCUCUGUCCAUCCCCUUCUCGUGCUCAGGACACUUUCUCCCCUCACCAGCGAUCUCGUCACUCCUCCACGUCAUCUCUCUCUGAGGGAGCUCCAGGAUCCAUGCUCGCUCAGGGCGUUAAACCUUCCUCUUCUCCUCUGCCUCCCACGCAGCCCUGCUCUUCGCCCAAACUCUCCCUACCCCCAACCAGCCCACGCAGUCGUCUAGAGGGCAUUUUGCAGCACUACAAAGACUGCAGCACCACCACCACCAACCCUGACUCUACGCAACAUCACCACACGUUCAGCGGCAAAAACAAACUCCAUCCAAUGCAAAACUCGCAGCCAGCCCAGAAUAAUUCCUGCGAUAAGAGGAAUGGACCGGUCCUAGGUUCUGCUCCAGGACUGAUUGGUCUCCCUUUGGGUCAGUUCCUGUGUCAGCAGAAGAGCCAGCAGCACAUCAGCAACUCUUUUCCAGCUAGUAGCCUCCUUUCAGCAGCUGCUAAAGCCCAGCUGGCCAAUCAGAAAAACCAGAGCCAGGGUGCCCUUCCUCUCCCAGCCUUGGACAAGGAGCAGCAGUCCAAGGUAUUAAUUAGCACUUUAAACAGUACCCUUAACACCCCUACUGCCCCAACCCAAUCAUUGACGGCUUUUUUGCUUCCUCACUCCCCCUCUCUCCCCAUGUCCAACCCUUCUCCGCCUGAAAAAACAUUACGCCGUAAACGCCAGCGCCGUUCACCCACUGUUCUUAGCAUGCUAAAAGAAUCGCAGGUAAACCGGACUGUGGGAGACCAGGUUGCAACCCCCCCUAUUGUGUCUUCCCCUUCUCUAUCAUCCUCUAGCUUGUCUCCUCCUGUGACCCACUUAGAAAACCACCUCCAGCCUGCACGCUUGUCUGGUGCUCCUCCUUCCACCACUUCUGUGCCUAAUAGUGUACUAAGGCAGAUGGAAUGGGAAGAGGGCAAAAGGGUUGCUCUUCCCAAUUCCCUUCCUCUUUCCAACUCCCUUCCUCUUUCCUCAGCCCCUGCUUCAUCCCAGCCCCUCUCUGCCCUGCUCCAGCUCCUCAGUAUGCAGAGCGCCCAGAACAAUACUUCGCCUACAGUCCCACCCAGCCGGCACACGGUUGUGCCCCCUUCAUCACCACCUUUGGGUACCUCUCAAUCGCCUCAGUAUGACAGCCACCUUGAACCACAAACACAAAUCCACAUAAAGCAGUCUCAGCCCCAAAACCUAGUGCCCACUUUGGAGUCUCUUACUCAACUGGCAAGUACUCAGCCCCUUUCUCUGACAUGCGAAGACACAGACGCAGUUGCAGUAAACCUGAAAACAACAGCAAAUAGUGCAGUUCUGAAUCUGAGCCUGCCUCACACAAGCACCAGUGCAGGAACUGAGCCUUCCAUUAACAGCCAUACUCUUGGUGUGAUGAGCCAGUUGUCUUCAUCUCCCUGCCUCUCUGCUUCGGUUGUGUCACAGAAAAGCUCCGGAGCCAAACUAGGGGAUGUUGGAUCUGAUCAAAACAUCUACCAACCAAACCAGUCAGAACAAAACCAGGCUACAGAUAAUGAGGGUGCUGUAAUAUCCGAAGAGCAGCAGAAUUUGGAGACUAAGCUACUUUCUGGCUGUGACCACGACCCUAACCUUGCCCUAGCCCAUGCAUCUGGCCCCACUUCAGCUGAUCUUCCAAACUCUGCAACUGAUCAUGCAAGCACCUUGCAGCUGGCUGAAUCUUUCCCCUUCAUGACACAAGAACAACUCCUUCAGCUUCUCUCCUCGAAUGCAGCCUUGCCUUCCCUUCUUCCCCCUUUCUUAGGGUCCCUGCCUCUCGGGCUCUGGACGAGCACUCAGGCUCCCACAACUGGAGCCGCACAGACUCCACAACACGCAAGCAACCUCCUCAACCAGGCUUCUUUACUCAAUGUUCUGCCUUCUGCACUGGGACCGCAGGGGGACCUCCCUCUUAAUCUCGUCAGUCUGUUGAAUCCUCCUUCUCCAGGGCCUCCACUGGCUCCAGGUGUAGCUGCAGGGCUUGAGGCUGGUGAAAAGAACCCUGGACUACAGGCGCUGCUCAUGGCAUCUUUGCUUCUUGGGCAGAACCCAGCUGCCAUGCUCCCAUUGCCGGGACUCAAUUUAGACCUCCCUCCACUGCAGCAGGUAUUCGGGGAAGGGAUGUCUCUAGAGAAGACCCCGGCUCUGCUGGAUUCUGUCUUGAUGGGGCCGGGACUCCUAGAUGCCCUCCAGGCUCUAGCACCACCUGCAGAUGGCCAGUCGCUUUUGCUCUCUGCCCAGCUCACUUCUCCUCCCCCUCCUCCUCCCGCCGCCUUCCUGUCCCUGAACCCUGCACUGCUGGCUGCAGCCCUUGCACAGGCUGAAACCCUUCCCAACCACACACCAUCCCCCCCACCUCCUACUCAGGGUUCUGCACUGGUUUCUACCUCUGUGUCCUGUACCCCAAUGGUACCAGUCACUGGACAGGAAACAUGUGACUCACUGACUGAGCACGACAAGACCAACAGCCAGACGCCUCAAUUUCUUCCCACAAUCUUGUCCCAAGGGGUUCUGGGUGACCUGGCAGCUUUGGGUAACAUCAAUAAUCUCCACAGUUUACUAGCAGCAGGGCCUUUGUUGUCACUUGGAAUGCCACUAUCACAGAACCAGGCUGCCCUUAACCCACUAACGUGCCUGCAGUUGUCUAUGGGUCCAACACUAAUGGGGGAGAAACCACUGGCUGUACAUGAGACCACACCUGCACAAGAAGACCUCCCUCCUUCCCAACUGUGCCAGGAUUCCCUGCUUAAUCCUGGUCACCUACAGCCUCCUACACAGCAGAAGGAAGAAUCAGCAGCGGCUGAACCAGGGCUCAUUGACCCGUAUGGUUCCUUUAUGGACACCAUCUACACUUCCUUCCUGCAGGUGAGUGGGCGUGGCUCAGAAGGAGGGAGUGACACCAAUGCGCUCUCGUACCCAGAGCUCGCACCCUCUCUUAGUCCUCGGCGAGCAUGCUCGGUACACAAUCUUGACUUGUCCCGCCUCAGCAUGGAAGCCGCCCACUCUCCAGCACGUGGCACGCCCAAACUCAGUGAAGACCCGCCCACCACUCCACCCUGUAAACCUGCAGAGUCUCAUCAACCAGAUGCUCCCCUUCAUCUCACAUUCAUGGAAGAGGCAAAGACUGACGGCUCAGCCAAGCUGUGUGUCUAUAGUAACGGUAUCGGUCCAGGAGCAGGAAGGGAUGACGACGGUGAGGAAGAACGGAGACAGGCACCGGGGUACUUGAGCCCCAGAGAGAGAGGGAACAUUGACCCUGUGGAUGAUGCCAUGGGUAAUGUGAACACAGAGCAAGGGAGGGCUUUAGAAAUGCGGACAGGAGCCCGAAGGGGACGGAAAAGAAAACAAACGCUGCAGAGAGGGCCGGAGUUUCCUGGAGAUAUCGAGCGCAUCAUAGAGGAACCAGCAGCUACAAUAGCACUGCAGAGGCCAGCGAGAGGGAAAAGGCGGCGUGUGGUCAGAUAGACGUUCUAACAGAAGCCCUUAUCCUACUGUACUUUACACACCAACACCAGCACUGUCAGUAUGGCAAACCCCACAGUGUACAGUUGAGCUACACUGUGCUGUCCUGCAGAACGCACUCCAUCUUUUCAAAAGCCUAGUUACCUCACUCGCCUCCUUUCUUCAUUCUUCCCUCUCUCUUUUCGAUUGGACUUGUUCUGUUUUUACAUUUUUCUAGCCACAGUGACCAGAACAAUACAAAUGAUGUAAAUGGCUAGCCAACACUACUGCAUAGGAUGUCUCUCUCUCUCUCUCAUUUUAUUUUCAGUCCUUAUUAUGGGCCUGUAACGCCCUCUAUCGGCCAAUCAUAGUUAUAGCAUUCCCUUUAAUUUUCUUUCCUACCUGCCAUGGAUCAUGCUGGAGUGAUGCGGGGAUAAAUUUCCAUCAAAACUUUGACUGAAAUCAAAUAUUUACAGGCUUAACAUUGUCACUGCGUAUGUGAUGACCUACGUAACCUCAUGAGUAGAGUCUCCUUUCUUACACACUGUUGUGUGUAAGGAAAGUAUGUACUGUAUACGUGUAUGUGUGUGUAAGUCAGGGGGCGGAGUUCAAUACUGUGAGCUGUGGCAGUCUGCUUUUAUAGUCAGAGCUGUAACUCGCCCAUUCCGUUUCCUCUGACAUCAACUGCCACCUUAUCAACGUAGGCACAAAAUAUUAAAUUAAUGGUUUAAAGUAAUAAUGAGGAUGAUUAUGCAAUUUUAAUAAUGAAUUUAUGUAAAUAUGUACAGUUUUAGUAUUUUAUUUUGUACACUUUUUUAGGAAAAAAUGAUCAAUUUGUAAAGUAUUUCCUCCCCAGAAACAACCCCUUUCCUGUCCCAUAUUUACAUUGGUUUUGUAAAGAGAAUACUUUGUGAUCAGUAGCAUUUCUUUGUUUUUAUGGGAGUCAACUUUUAUUUAACAAAUUAAAACAAUUACCUGUA